UGUGGCGCCAUGCUUUCUCCAGUCUCUUCUAAAUCAACCCUGUUUUAGGACACCUUUACUUUUUGUAACGUGGUCUGGCUUCAACGCAAACUAUUGGAAAGGUAAAGGUAAUGUAGUGUUUAACUUUUAGAUCAUGGUUGUUGAGUUCAUGAGAACAGGACCCAGAGACCAACUAUGUCAAGCAGGCCAGAAACAAACGCUGUAUUGAAGGUGUGAUAGAUAAGCGUCAAUACGCGUCUUGAAUUGAGAAAGGUCAAUACAGUAUGUCACAUGUGAUAAAAUAAACUCGCAAAUAGGUGACCGGAUGGUUCAAGGGUCAGGAUAAAUCCCUGUAAGCUCAACAUCAAAAACUCAUAUAAGUAACUGGUAUGGGCAAACCAUCUCAAUGCUGAAAAUGUAGCUGAAAAAUUACUAAAUUGGGAUUUGCAUGCAUCGGCAGCAACAUCGCCUCCUACUGAGAAAACCUGACAAGGACCGUCCUGCGGAAAAAGAGCAUUGAGACUCAGGCAGUGUUGCUUAAACAGGCAUACUUAAGCAUAAUAAAAGUACUGAACCAGAACAGCCGAGUGACUGAAACAGGAUGAAGCUGUGAUGGUUUGGCCGUGACACUGAAAAGAUCGGUGAGAAUUACCCGCAUCAUCCUGCAGGGCUCAGUAAAUAAAAUGACUAAAACUUUUUUUGUAUUUUACCAGAUAAGGCCCACUGAGCUAUGUAGCUCUUUUUCACAAGCGACUUGGCCACAAAUGGUAGUUUAACAAAGUGGCGUAUGUGAAAAUGUAUCGCAGCCACAUACUAUAAACGCGUGAUGUUUAUUCUAAAUGUGGAGGGUAAAAACCGGAGGACCCAGAGAAAAAAGCCACACGACCACGGAGAGAGAGGGAGAACAUGCAAACUUCAAAUAUACAGCCAUCAGGGUUGGGAUCGAACCCACAAUCUCGCGUGUACCAGACAGGGUAGUUACCAAUGCGUCAAUGUGGCACCCCUUAAAGUAGAAGAGAAGAGGAAGACAGGUCGGCUGGGUGACGAGGAACGUAGCGACACAGACAGGGAGAUCAGCGGCAGACGUUGUGCAGAUUGCAAAAGGUCACAAGAGGUGGAGUUGCCAAAGCAUCAUGGGUGCCCCCAUGCCCCUCGCGGUUAAACGACUGACGGUGACGAUGAGGACGGUGACAGCUGAUAUGUUGGGUUUGAAAUGGUUGAUUCAGCCGCCGUGAUUAAACCGGGUUCUCAAGUGUAGCCAGCUGAGAAAUGUUGCUUGGUAUUAAAGGGCGUGCCCCCUAGUGUGGAUAAAUAGGGCGAUCAAAGUCACUUCAGCUGUACUUCUGCGAUGUCAUCUUCCAAGGCCGCUCUCUGACACCGGGGUGAUGUACAAGAAUUCGAGAGCACAAAUGGAUAAUUUGGGGGAAAACACGUUUUAAAAAUAUAUAUUUAAAGAACCAUCUGUAUUUAUAUAAACAUCCAACUACAACGUCACUUCAGACCUCGUUUUCUGGUGAGUUGGUGAGUUGCCAGAGGGCUAUAUUUAUUGACGGGACUAACUUGUGUGAAAAACUAUAAAUUGAUUGCUCUCUUGAAUGUCCAAUGGCCAGAAUGUGUUGGUUUGUUUUUAUUACUAUGUAAAUUCUAGUUCUCUGGAACGUCCGGUAAGCUAAUUAAAAAAACAAAAAAACGAUAUCAUGUGUUUCUUUGAAUCAGCAUUGAAUGGACUGGGCCAGUGUUUGCACAGCUGUUUAAUACAUGCUGGGCGUACCUAUACAUUAAACCCCCUCCCUGUCUCUUUCUCCCUGGGGCCGCUCCGCCCAUUCAAUAGAAUACUCCCCAUAUGCAGCGCUGGGCUCUCCAUCCAAUCUCAGUGCCUGGUGGCUUGUGAUCUCACUGCGGUGGGUGGAGAGCACGCGUAUGAUUGGUGUAUGCCAUGUUUUCCCAUGUGUGUUCGAGUUGCCUGUCAGUGUGCGCUGACUCGGUCUCCUAAGCGCCGCAUGUGAGUGGGGGGAGUCCAAGCCUGGAGUUUGUAGCCAACACGAGUGAGAUCUGCGAGGAGAUCUGGGAGCACGUGGAGGUGAUCCACGCGCUCCAGGAGGCCGAGUUCCCGCUGCGGCUGCUCGCCGUCUCCGUGCAGGUGCUGCUCGACAUCCAGGCCGUGCACCUACUGUGGCACCGGCUUCGUGUCUCCACGCUGCUGCUGCGCGAGCGUGUGCUGCGCGGCCUGCAGCUCCGCGCCACCGCCGCGCACGCCCCCACCGUCACGGCCGCCGCCGACAUGCGCGGCGACGGCGCCCACGAGCAGGAGCAGGAGGAGGAGCGGCGGGAGGAGGAGGACGAAGUGCACCGGAACUGCAUGGGCAUCGUCAUGGACGACGAGGAGGAGGAAGAGGAGGAGGAAGAGGAGGAGCAGAGCGAGACGCAGCUGCUGAUUCGCCGCCCAGCCGACUACUUCUCGCUGGACUGCGGUAUCACGGCCUCCGAGCUCUCGGCAUACAGUCCCCGGGAGGAUGAUCCGCCCUCCCCGCCGUCACUGGCGCUGCCGUUGGGCACGGGCGGAGCCGGGAGCGCCACCCCAACGCGGCCGACGGACGCCGCCCCGGAGGGACGGUCGCGUCCCCUUGAUGUGGCGACCCCUCCUCUGUUCGAUGAGGCGAAAGACGCCGGCGCCGGUUCGGAGCAAGUCAGGGACUCGGACAGCGACUCUGAUUCGUUGCCGCCGAGAAAUACACGGGGCAGCGUCUGUGCUGGGAUGAAUGCGGCUGAUGCUUCCUACCUUAAGAUGUCAUUUUUUGGGUCGGUUAGCGGUGUCCAACAAUCAUUCGUGGAUGUGUGUGGAAAUGCGAGCAUGGGUGCCGUUGGCGGAGACGAGAGUCGCAGCGAAAGCGAUAUUUCCUUGGAUGAAGAUGAAGACGGAUCACAUGAUGCGACAUAUCAAGGGGCUGGUGUGGAAGCAUCGGGGGAAAUCGGUUAUAGCGUUGCUUCAGGCAGAGCGCCGAGCGGAGGAAGCGUGGGCAUGACAAACAAGCAGUGGAACGACACUCGGGACAGCAUCACCACAUUCAACACGGCGCUAAAUGCUGCCUCCUCCGUGGCUUUUCUUGGACGCCCGACGCAGAUACAUUUGAACCUGAGAAAUGUAAACGCUGGCGAAGUGGACAAUCGCGCGGACAGGUCGGUGUAUGUCAAUGCGACGGAAGGAUCGUCCAACCCGGGCACGAAUCGGCGUCUGAGAGACGAUUCCGCCGCUGCCCAGGGCCGAGCUUGCGAGUAUUUCCAGGCCUCCUCACGCCCCAAGGCAGAAGAUGACGACGACGAGGACGUCGCUCGCGGGAGGAGCGGACGCCCAUCUCGGCGCGGACCGAGCGACGACGGGCGCGCGGAGAGAGUGAGCAACCGCCGGCACUUCAACCCGCAGAGCCCUCUAUGCUCGUCGGCACCCGUGGCCUCCGAGUCUCAGUACUGCGUCGUUGGGAACGCCGCGCAGGCACCGGAUGCUCUGAGCCGAAGGGACGACGCCUACCUGGCCCUCGCCAGCAGCGACGCCGCGCCUACGGCCGACCCUCUGCCCAUCGACCUCGGCUUGAACAACGCGGCCGCGACGGCCAGAGACGACGUCUCCCCGAGCGGCGAGUCCCAGGAGUACAUGGCCUUGCCGUCGCUGCUGCUGCUGCGGGAGCCCGGCUUCCUCUCGCUGAAGCUCGACGGCUUGGACACGCUGCUGCGCCGCGGCGCGACGGGCGCCAGGGUGUGCGACGUCAGCGACUGGGAGCUGUCGGGCACGUCCUCUGGCGUCGCGUCCCCGCACGCCUUCAGCCCCGUGAGCGAGCCCUGGGUUGGCGACAGCAGCGAGGGCUCCGGGAGGAGCGGCGGCGGCACCUCGCCGCCCGCGUUCCCCGCGGGAUCGCCCGGCUCCAGCGGCGCCUUCCUGUCGGACGCGGGCUCGCGCGACUCCGGGGCGAGCUCGCCCGACGGGUGGCAGGCUGAAACCGGCUGGUGGGAGAUGGACGACGCGAGGGCGGACGAGGGGAAGGGCGGCGGCGGCGGCCGCUCCCUCGACAAGACCUUUGGCUCGGCCACGUCCGACGGGUCGUUCCUUUUCGAGUCGGAUUUUUCGGACUCGCUGGGCCCCGCGGAGGGGGAGGAGGACACGGCGUGCGGGCCCCGCUGGGUGGCGGAGAGCGACCUGGACGAUGCCGCGUGCUGCAGCAUCCCCUCGCUGAGGCAGGAGCUCCACAGGUGCCUCAAGUGUCGAGGAGACGGCAGGCAGAUGGAAGAGAAGAUUGAGAGCUUCGUGGAGAGGCUGCUGGAGCUGACUUCGUGGCUGCAGCAGGCUGACGAGCAGGCGGAGAGCAUGGGCCCUCCGCGUCCCGACACCCAGAGCCUCAAGCUGUACCUGCACAACCACCUGAGUUUUAAGAUGAGCAUGGAGAGCCGCUGCGUGAUGAAGGAUGAAGUGGUGGAAGAAGGAAAGCAGUUUUUGGAUUUGCUCGGGGCGAGGCUGUCUGGUCUGCCAGGGCUGCUGGGCUGGCUCGAGGCCGCGUGGACGUCGCUCCAGGCCCACAUCUGCCGGCAGCACCGCUGGCUCCUGGCCGCCUUGGACGUGGCCAAGGCCGGGAUCCUGGCGUCGCACCAGGCCCGCCCGCACGCCGCGGGGCACGCCCAGCCGCAGUGCGAGGGUCAGCUGCUGGAUCUGGAGCUGGCGCGAGACACUGUGGAGCACUUGUCCCUCCGACUGCACCACGAGCGCUACCUGGGCCACGCGCAGGGGGCGGCACGGGCCGCACGCUCCCUCUCGCUCGCCAGCGACGCUCGGCGCAACGACAGUUGCGAAGAGUUUGGUGCCAACUGCCUGGAGCUGUGGGAUUGGCUCUGCGAUGUGGAGGCGGUGAUGUCAGAAGACAACGACUUGAUGAUGUCAGAGGAGCACUGGCACCAACUGUCUAAGGUUUACCGUGUGGAGCUCACCAUGUGGCUGCCCAAGAAGAGGCAGAUCUUCACCCAGGGGCAGGAGCUCGUGAGCCUCAACCAGACGCUCACGACGGAUACCGUGCGCUUCAAGCUGGAGCAAUUGGAUGCCAAGUGGAACUCGGUCGAGAGUUUCCUGGCGGCGGCGUGCGGGGAGCCCGCGGAGCCGCCCGCGUGCGAGUCGCUGAGCCCUGCCGCGGCGCAGCUGGUCUGCCGCCUCGAGGGCCGCGUGCGCGAGCUCAAGGCCUGGCUGCGCGACGCCGAGAUGCUCGUGUUUGACGGAUGCGUCGAGCGGCGCACGCCGACCGACCUCGACCGCCAGCUCGACCACUUCAAGUCCCUGUGCCACGAGAUAAGGCGCCGGCGAGGAGGGGUGGCGGCCCUCGUGCGUCUGUGCCACCGGCUGCUGGAGGGGGUGGGCGGUGCCGGGGACGGUGGCGCUGGUGAGAGGGGGGCGGCCGGCGUUGGCCACCCGGGGGCGGACGGGCAGAACCUGCAGCUGGCCGCCGUGUCGCUGGAGCGACGCUGGGAGGCUGUCGUGCUGCAGGCCGUGCACUGGCAGUCGCGGCUCCAGCGCCGGCUCAACGCGGAGCAGGUGACCUUGAACUACGUGGACGCCUCCCAGUCCGACUUGUCGGUCUCUCCUGUGGAGGGUCUGGAAUGGGAUGAAACGGACCUGGGAAACGAGCUCUCGGCUGCCCGUGCUGAGCAGCCACCUCCGGUCGCCUCCUCCACGCCGAGUGACACCGGCAAACCUUCGGCUGUAGACACGUGGAGUAUGGGCCAGUCAUUCCUCCAGGCCGGCCACGAUUCCGGCUUCUCCCCUGGCUCCUGCCAGAGCCCCGGUCGCAUGGACGGAACGACUCGGCGAUUGGCUGCGGUGGAGGAGUCGAGCAAAGGCGGCCGUGGUCGACCUGCCGAGCCACGGCAGGCCGACGGUCAGGACUCGUUCUCGUCCACGGACUCGCUGCUCAACCUCCUGGAUGGGCUGCUGCUGGCCGGGAGUGGCGGCGGAGGCGGCGGCGGCGGAGGAGGAGGAGGCGGCGAGCGCUCGUGCGAGUGCGAGAGCGGCAUCGCCAGCGAGGGCGACGUGGCCACGGCGUCGGACUCUGGGCUGCUCUCGGAGGUGCAGGACCUCGACGGCGACACGUCCUCCUCCAAGGUGGAAGAUGCGGCGCCGGCCUACAGGCCCGAUCCUUUCGCCAGGCUCCUCACCUUCGGGGGCUACGCCAGCUCGCUAUCGGAUGAGGAAUGCGACGAAUACCUGGACACGGGCAAGGAAACCGGGAGUGAUCCAGGUGCCAAAAGCCCGAAGCAAGAACACGACGGUGAUUCUGAGCUCGAGAAAGCACUAACCUUCUAUGAUUACUCGUACCUGAAAGAGGACAGUCUGGAGAACGUCAUGGCUAUCUCCGACUUUCCUACAGUAGUUAUACAAGACGACAGCGCACUUGAUUUAAGCAACAGAAACAAGACGUCUCAUAACGCACUGACGAGUACCAAUCCGUGCUAUUCUGAAGUUGCAGGGUAUGUGCACGAUCAUGAACGCAAAGGCCAGCUGAGCCCAAUAUCAUCUAUUAUGGGGCAGCAUUCAAGUAACGUGUUCCAGAAAUUUGAACUGGGGAGAGUGUGCGCAGGAAAAGGUGAUCAAUUUGAUACCAUGAUCCAGAGGGAGGACUUUGUGAACGUGGCUAGGAAAAGUCCUCGGAGUUUCACGUCAAGCUGUCUUACUGAAAACAACAAAUCAGGAAGAAGUGCCUACUUGAAUGAAAGUAGCUUGCAGCUUCUUCAGGGGUCAGAGUUGUCACAAGCCGCAGUCCACAAACGUUCUGAUUCCAAGGAGAGCAACAGCUUCAACGAGGCAUCGUCAAGCACAGAGACUAAACCGAUGUCAGGGGUGAGAGACCACAGUUGGGAGGACCUCUCGCUCGUUGUCGAUAGCCUGGCGAACAGGCCGGCUAUCCCCCUCGAUGGGAAGGCUGACGACGGACGGCAGAGCGGCUCGCUGCUGGACGACGACGUCAACGUGAGCUUGAUCGUCAACACCUCCAGAGCGUCCGUGUGCUCGGACGACGAAGAGGACGACAUUGAUCUGCUGUCCAGCUCCAGCACCACGCUGAGCGGCGACAGCAACGAGCUGGAGAAAGACAGCUCCUCCAACUCCGAGGGCUGGUGCAUCGACUCGGACUUCAGUGACAGCUCUUCGCUGGAUGACGAGCUGAAGGAUCAAAAGUUUUACGUCACGCCCCCCUGGGAAAACAUCUCAAAGGGAAAGCCUCUGCUGCACAGCAACCCCAUGUUACUGACGAGCAAGCUCUACUCGCGCUUUUCAGUAUCACCCCUGGCCACAACAGGAAACUUCUUCGGCUCGAGUUUUAGAGUGGAGCCUGGAAGCUUUCUGGCCGAUAAUGCUCGCGAAGGGCAAGUGGAUCCGCUCCUGGACGAUAUUAAAAAUGGCAACAUAAGCCAUGCCUAUGAAACAGUGCCGGAAGCUGCACGUGCUGAACGGUGGGACCGUGGAGAUCCCAGUAUUCACAACCAGACCUCUUUGAAAAUGCGGCAAGGGGCUUUCCAAAGUUUGUCUGACGCAUAUACUCCGUACAAUGAUAUGGACACAAAGUAUAAGUACGCUGUUGGGCGUGAAAUUUUUAACAGGGGUGACAAUUACCCUCUGCUUCCUGAAAAUGUCAUCUCUCUGACUCGACAAAGGGAAUAUCCGAAUAGGCAGACGAGAAAUAAUAGUGACGCGGUGAACUCCAACGGAGGUGACAGAGAGGCCAUUGAGCUCGGGAAUGGAUUGUCUUCAUUGCGUCACAGAGCUUCGGAGCAUCUCAACAAUCGGAAAUCGACGGAAUCCUCCAACGGACUCGGAUUUCUUCUCAGAGACGACUCGGACUCGUCGCUCUCUGCACACACCGACGAGGACAACGUCCGCGACGUCGACCGCGAGCACAUCACGCCGCCGCCCGAUCCCUGCAGGGCUUCCCGCUCUCUUCUUCCCUGGGACAAUGGAGAGGCUCGUAACAAGUUGCGUGCGACGGAGAAGCGCCCUUGGACUCGUCCCGUCCCCGGAAGAGGAGCAACGCUAAACGUAAAGAGCAGCGGCGGGGAAGAGCAGUGUGCAGCAUCCAAGCUUCUGGAAAGCCAGGCCUGUGUCCGAAAAUCUGAAUUGCAGGAACAGGUUCUGGGUGUUCACAGCUUUGUGAAUGGAGUUAUAGAAGCAGCCAUUACCCACAUCAAGGAAUCUGAGACGACCGCCCCCUCCUUCUCUCCGUCUUUCGACGUUGAAAUUACCCACCACAAGGAAAAGGCUCAUUUGCGUGGAGAGUCGGUGUCGCGCUUCUCGCAAGAGACGGGGUGUAGGGAGCUUGGUAAUCGCGGUGGGGCCACAGGAUGGUCCGCGAGAAAUGUGAGUGGCGACAGUCCCAGCCGCCGCUCUGCUGUGGCCGGUGCUGAGGAGAGCCGUCCGGGCGGAACCUGUCGGGAGAACGGUGAUCUCGCGCCGCAGGGAGGAGCCGCGGGAACGCGGCGGCGUCAUGACUCAACGGGAGCAGAGGUGGAGGCGGCGCUGUCGGGCCUGCGCCGCCAGAUGACGACAGAUGAGCCUGCAGAUGCCGAUCAAGGAAACAAAACGUCGGCAGUGGAGUCGGUCCGCCCAUCACUGGACCGGCCAUCGCAUACGUUGCCAGCUGCUCAAAAUGAAAAACUAUCCACGCCCACCUCAUCCGACCUCAAGCCCAAAACAUCUCGCAACGAGUGUCCCACAGACCCGCACGCAACCCCAGGCCACAGCUUAAUCGACCGCCCGGCUCCAGGCAGUGGAACGCUCUGCAAUCCGAGAUCCCCGCCGGAGAACUCAAACUCGCGGCCACACAGCGAGGCCUCCAAUCGAACGGGCUGGGACGUCAACCGCAACAGCGAGGAGCAGCAGGCGUGGGGUGGCGGUGUGGAGGCCACGCCGGGCACCGCCGCCCGGAACUCGCCGACCGCGAGGAAGCGCCCCCAGAUGGGCACCAAGAGCCUGGGCGGCGGCGGCGGCGGCGGCGAGACGCUAACCUUGGCGGCCACGUCGCCGGCGUCACGGUCGCCACCCUCGCCAGUGAAGGAGCGUGCGCCGAGCGAAGCCGCGUGGGGCAAUCCGCCGGCCCGCGCUCACGAGGAGAGACUCGCAGACGGUGGCGGAAGCGGCGGCUGCGGCAGCUGCGUCCCACGCCUCUGCGAGUGGAUGGGGCCCAUCCCUCCCGCACGCGCCAGCUGGAAGGCAUCGUCCGUGCGUCUGCCGUGGAAGGGGCCCUUGGAACACAAACCGUUGCCCGGUUCGCCAGCCCAGAUGUCAAUAGCAGCAAAGCAAGAUCAGAAUCAAAGAAAUGAAACGUCAGGACGUCUCUCUGGCUUCCCCAAAGACGCGAUUCUUUCCCGCGCAACUGGCGAAGGCGGUUUCAAGAAGGUGACGAUGGUGAGCGAAGGUUUGGUUGACGAACGUCGCAAGGACUUCCCGGAGAGUUUACGCAGUGUGAGAAGAAGAGCAGCUGACGAGGGGCUUGUGAGUGGAGCGGAAUCGCGGAAGGGAAAUCUGAAAGUUGCCGAUGGUGAUUUGAACGCGCGCGGCAGAAACCCGCGGGUGCAGAAUAGGAUGGCGAAGGCUGUGGAAAGGCCCGUAAGCAAAAUGUUAAAGCGAGCUGAGCAAUAUCAGCACGUUGUUGAGAAGAAAAGGGAAGUUGUGCCGAAGGGCAGCGGUGUGAGCGCGCGUCUCGUGGAAGAGCAGAAGAAUUUUAAGAACAGCGGUGGUGGCAGCGGCGGCGGCGGCAUUCCGCUUACGAUCAAAGGCGGAAUGGAAUUUGCCGGUGACGGUGACGCCGACAUUGACGACAUCUCCAAGGUGGUGGCGAGCCACGCGGGGCGCGUGUGGAACGUCGGCUGCCUCAUCUGGCUGAUGCUUUUGCUUGUGCUGUGGUUGGUGGCCGUUGGCCCCAGCUUCAUCGCACCCAGCAACUGCAUGCGGUCGCGAUCAUCCCUCGCCUCCAUGGGGAUCACGCUGAGCUACCCGUGGGGGUCGCCGCCCAUCUAGGGGAUUGGUGGUGUUGGGGGUGGUGGGGGCAGCGGUGGUGGCACGACGCUCACGCUAUCAGUUUCGCUUAAAGCCGGGGGUGCGUAAUCCUGCCUGGUGAUUGGUCAUACUUGGCGAGCUUGUAAGAGGAUGGCGUUAGCAGGACGAGGAUUAGGUUUUUAGUGUUUGCCGUUGGUGAGCUUAUUAUGGUGUAAUUGUUAUUUUAAGGACCGGCACAAUUGCUGCUGGUGGAGGAGUGAUAUUAAUAAUCGACAAAGGGAGGGAGUUUACGGAAUUUAAUGUUACGUACACGCUUUUUUAAACAAUAGCAGGAAAGUUACGGGUUAUUGUUUAUAUUUGUAUGGUUAAUUUUAAUGGCUCCCUUGUUAAAAGAAACAUUCUUAUUGGGCAGGAAUAAGUCCUGUAAAAAUAUAUAUUUUAAGUUAUGGUCAAACAGCACCUCCCAUAUAUAAUAUUAUGAGAAAAUAAGCAAAUGGUAGAUUAUGAAGCUUGUGGUUUAAAGUUAUUAUUUUUAAUUGUGAUGAGGGAUGAUAAAGUUAAAACCAUCGAGUGGUAUCACGGUAAUCUUCAAAGCAAGAGCAUCUUGAACAGACAUAAAUAAUAACCAGCUAUCGAUUAUAAGCACAAACGUGUAAUCGUUUAAUAAUUUUAACAGUACAGUAAACAGCUACGCAAUAUAAUAGUACCGUGAAGUUCUAUAACACCCAUAUUCUUCGUUAUGAAGUUUGUUGGGUUAGCGUCAAUGUAAACGUGCUGUAAAUCCACCUCCACCUGACACAACCAAUGAGUAUGGUUUAUCACGUGAACAAAACAUUCCAAUAUGUGACUACUUCAGCAUACCGGUGUGUUGGAGAGUAAACCCACAACAUUUACAAUUUGAGUAUUGCCUGCUAUUGUCUGGCAAUAACCUGAUGAUACUGGUUGCUGUAAUUGCCAGUGAAACGUCAAGUACUCAAAUUGUAAAUGUUAUGGGUUUACUCUCCAACACACCGGUGUGCUGAAGUAGUCACUAAUUGGAAUGAUUUGUUCACGUGAUAAACCAUACUCAUUGGUUGUGUCAGGUGGAGGUUUAUGACAUAUUUACAUUUACGCUAUCUAACCCAAAAAACGUUAUUAUCAAUAACAUUGGUCGUGAAAGCCUACAUUAUUAUUAGACCCAUAUUCUUGCCAAAUAUGCAAUCAUUUGUGGCAGUACAAUAUAAUAUGAUGGCUCUGGGGGCAUUCUGAGUACAGCAUAAGGUAAGUGCAGCUUGUUUAUGUAUUUUCUGUUAUAGUAUUUUGUUUUUGUGUUUUUUCAAUGCUUAGAUUUCUGCUGCUGUCGCCCGCUUGCGUGUGUUGUGGGUAUUCGCCACUGAAUCUCAAUCUCAGUCUGUCUGUCACCGUAGCGGUCGAAAUUCAUGUGGUGGCAACACGAUCGAUUGACUGAUUGGAAAUUGAACGGAAGAAGUAAUCGGUUCAACCGAGACGAAAAUGUUAAUUUCACUGGUAGAAAUGUAACAAUUUAGGUUUGUCGGGAUAUUGUGAACAUUGUGAACUGGAGGUUUUUAUAUCCUCUCCAACCUCUUCAUGCACACACAUACACCCACCACCUACCAUGCUGUGUGUCAAGCGAACUUGAAUUUCCAUAAACUGUCAGAGUUACACCCCUCUUGUAAGAACCAUCUGACCUACCGGCGCUUGCAUUGCAGAGUGGGCAGGGUGUUGCCAUUGGUUGGGUUGGCCCCUGGAGACCAGACCAGAUGUUCUCACUUUGUCGGUGCCACCUGAGGGGGCAUGGAGCUUUAGCGGUUCCAUUUUCAUUGCGUGGCCAAUAAGAGUGAUUUUUUUAGUGUGAACACCACUUGAAAUGAGUGGGGUUAUCGAGGUAAUCCACUCCUAUUGGCCGUAUAAAUGGGUUACUACCUCUGAGGUGGUACCAAAUUAUUCCCUGGCCCACGGAAUAAGUCAAAUAAGGUUUAACCAAAGUGUAAUGCUUUCUACGUUAGUGCAAUAAUACAUUAAUGCUUAAUUUCAUUAUAUAUGUGCUCAUCAUGAACCUUUAACGUUCUGUCUCCUGGCUGUAUUCACAAAGUAUUACCGAAGCACUUUUCAGUUUUUUCAGUGUAUUUUAUAAAGUUAACACUGUUUAUUUUUGAUCGGAUUGUUUUAGGACAUUAAGGUAAAACGUACUAUAACUACGGGUGGGUUGAACUCUUUGUAAGUUAUGCUUUUUUGUGUGUACUGUAUAUAAUCAGUAAUGAGUUGAUCGUCAUUGUUAACAAUAUUUUCACGUCGUGUAUAUAUCUAAUCAGAGCUACUCUGAUAACAGAACCACAAGGGAAAUGAAAACAGCAGUAAGAAAGACUGCUAUAUUCCCAAAUGUUUGGAAAUACAGUACGGCACCGUGCUCUCACGGAGUUAAAGGUCCCCGUUUAGU